AAUGCUGUAAGUAAACCUGCAUCUAGCUCACCACUCGAGAACACGCGAGUAGACGAAUAUGGAUUUGUAAUCAAACCAGACCGUCCUUCCUUUAGGUAUAUUAUGACUUUGCCUUUAUCAGCACUAACUUCUUUUUUCUAGAACCAAUAUGACAGCCAAGGCUAUGAAAGAGUACAGAGAAAAUGAACUGAAAUGGCUAACGAUUGUGAAUAAACUUGAUGCUGGAACAGUGAAAAAGGAUGUAAAAAUGAAAAAAUUGGUGAGAGGCGGCAUACCAGCAUCUGUAAGAGCCAAGGUCUGGCAGUUUCUUGCUGGUAGCGAUGACUAUAGAAAACCUCAUCAAUUUCAAAAUCUGCUGGAUAGACCUAGGAUCGCCAUUUAUGAUGUGAUCGAACGAGAUAUAGAACGCUGCUAUCCAGAUCAUAUACAAUUUAUGGAAAAGGAUGGUCAAGGGCAACAAAAUCUUCGCAGUGUAUUAAAAGCAUACGCUCAAUAUAAUCCUGACCUAGAAUACUGUCAAGGAAUGGGACGCUUAGCUGGACUUAUGCUGAUGCAAAUGACGGCGGAGGAAUCAUUCUGGCUAUUAGUUACCACCAUUGACAGAUAUAUGAAUGGAUAUUUUACUCCUACGCUCUCUCAAUUAAGGAUUGACGCAUAUAUCAUUGGGCAGCUACUAAAAGAUCACAAUCCAAAGCUUGCACAGCAUUUAGAGAACAAUGAUGUUUUACCCAUCAUGUAUAUCGCACAGUGGUUUUUGACAGCAUUUACCAUGACACUUCCUUGGGAAUCUGUCCUGAGGGUUUGGGAUGCAUUUUAUUUUGAAGGCAUCAAAGUGUUUUAUCGUGUAAGUUUAGCCAUUAUGGACAUUUGUAAAGAUCAUUUAUUACACUCUUGUCCAACCAAUUCAGAGCUGCUUGGCUUUUUGUUACAUAUCCCUCAUGAAUAUCUUGAACCAAACGCAUUAUUAGACACAGCUUUUCGUAUCAACUUAUCAAAAACGGACAUAAAGCGAUACGCUAAAAAGGCAGGAACAGAAGACUCAACAGUGACUGGUUUACCGUUUGAACACGGCAUAAAAAACCUUCAAGUCGGUAGUAAUGGACAUAGUCUAGGGUUCAAAGGGUUCAGUGGAAAGAUUGCAAAAAAGACUUCCAAUAAGAAUAUGCAUGAUGUAAAUUAGUGGUUCUUCUUCAUAUACCUUUGAAUAGAAAAUAUUCGUGUGCAAUAAUUUAGCCAUCUUUUCCCUCUCUUUCUAAUAAUACCACAAUAAUAAACUUUUUUUAAUCUGACGAAU